AUGUCUCGGCGUUACGAUUCACGGACCACCAUCUUCUCCCCAGAGGGUCGACUGUAUCAGGUCGAAUAUGCGCUUGAAGCCAUCUCCCACGCAGGCACCGCUCUUGGUAUCCUAGCCAAGGAUGGAAUUGUUCUCGCCGCCGAGAGGAAGGUCACCAGCAAGCUGCUUGAGCAGGACACAUCGGCUGAGAAGCUCUACACAAUCAACGAUAACAUGAUCUGCGCAGUGGCCGGCAUGAACGCCGAUGCCAACAUCCUGAUCAACUACGCCCGUCAGAACGCCCAACGCUACCUCCUCACCUACAAUGAAGACAUUCCCUGCGAGCAACUUGUGCGCCGACUGUGCGACUUGAAGCAAGGAUAUACUCAGCACGGAGGUCUCCGUCCGUUCGGUGUGUCGUUCAUCUAUGCUGGAUGGGAUCACCUUCGUCAGUUCCAGCUGUAUCAGAGCAACCCGAGUGGAAAUUAUGGCGGAUGGAAGGCGACAAGUGUUGGUGCGAACAAUGCCAGUGCGCAGAGUCUCCUUAAGCAGGACUACAAGGAGGACCAGACUUUGCAGGAGGCCUGCGCCAUGGCGGUGAAGGUCCUGAGCAAGACUAUGGACUCGACGAAGCUCAGCAGUGAGAAGAUCGAGUUCGCGACAGUGGGUAAGACCGACGACGGAAAGAUCUACCAUCACCUGUGGACCGCUGAUGAGAUCGAUGCGCUUCUGCGGGAACAAGGGCUGGCCAAGGUUGAUGAUGAGCCCGAGGCUGGUGAGAUUAAAUAG